AAUUUCUUGACAACUAAAAAACAAACUCUCAAUUUUAAACACUGACUCUAAACAUACAUUCCAAUAAUUUUGAGUUGUGUUCACUACAUCUCGUGUACACACAAUAUGCACAAGAUAACAAUACACCAAUGGUCACCCCUGCACCAAUGGACACUUCCACUUCUCAUACACCUCAUGUUACUGCUUGUAGGCAGUACCCAUCUGAAGAUGUGGCUGGCUUAAGACAGGUAGAUGAGCAAGUAGAAACUGAAGGUAUUACAAACUGCCUUGACUUCAACGCUACUAAAGACACCAAGGAUGAGCACCCAACCCCUGUUCCCGAAGAGAGUUCUCUGGCAGUACAACAUGAAACGGAAAUCAUGACUAAGGAAGCAGAUUUGGAUCAUACACUUGAACAAUCAAUUGAGGAUAGCAUGGAUGGUAUGACUGCACAAAAGGCUAACUGUGUAGGAAAUGCAAUCAACCUGGAUGAAUUUCCGGUACUUACAAGGAAUUUGCAGGAGGAUGUACAGACUCCAAUCGAGAAUAUGGAGGCAGCUCUACUCACUCCAAUUGAGAUAGAAAAGGAUGACACAACAGGGACUCAAACUCUGAUGGCGGAAAAUACAACAAUGGAAAACACAACACCUAACAACUCAGAUGUCAACCCUGCCAACUUUGGACCGAUCCUCCAUUCUUUUGAUCAUGAAGGUCAACAUUAUGAAAUUAGGUCUUGCAUUGAGGAAGGACAAACGUCAAACCACAAUGAUGAAAACCUCACAACUCAUGAAUUCCAAGAAGUCCAUAAUAGAAGAAGUAAAAAGAAGCAACCUUUUCUAAGGACCAUCAAAACCAGAAGCUAUGAUCCUAAUCUCGAAGUCGGGAUUGUUAGCGAGAUCGCGAGAUACUGGCCCAGUCAUAAAUAUACUACUAUGGAGAAAAUAGUUACCACAAAAAGUUAUUCUGGACCUUUUUGGUAUGUUGAGCCCGUUGGACCAAUUGGAACUGAUGGGAAAAGACCGAAGAAAAUAAUGCCUAGAAAUCUCUCUCUCGAUCAACACCCGGGUUUUAUAAUCUGGGAAUGAUCUUUAUCACUCUGAUUUCAUUCAACUUCCCUUUUUUUCAGUCGAUUUUUCUUUUCUUGCAAUUAUAUAUAUAUAUAUAUAUAUAUAUAUAUAUAUAUAUAUAUAUAUAUAUAUAUAUAUAUAUAUAUAUAUGGGAUUGACUCCACUCAGAUGACAUCUUUCGAUCAGAUGGCACUUUCGGUCAGAUGACAUGCUUCAGAAUGAGCACCACCUUGUUUGAGAAUGAGCACCGCCUUAUUUCAGAAUGAACACUACACUUAGCAGACUGUGAAUGAGUACUAGGUUGUUUCAGAAUGAGUACUACGUUUAUAAUGAACAAAUGUGUGAAAGUCAACCCUACGAUGUCUUAGAAUGAACACUACGUGGAUUCAAAAUGAACCCUAUGUUGUCGUCUCGCUGAGAAUGAAUUCUACGUUGUUUAAGAAUGAGCGCUACAUUGAUUCAGAAUGAGCAUUCGUUGUUAUCUGACCGAAAGGUAAGGCUUUAAAAGCGACAAGGGAGGCCAUGAAGAGUGCACAAUGCAUAAGAGCUAUCAAGCUGAAAGGUACGCGACAUCCAGUUCUCCUUGCCUGCGCCAACAUUGACGUACCGAUCAUAACGCCAUUGUGUGAACAUCUCAUCGACUACGAAUAAAAGGGAGAUUCCAGGCUGCUCUCUAGGUAGAGGAGAUUCAGCCUUUCUUUCCUGGUUGGGAUGUAUUUGAUUUAUAUUUUGUGCUGGGAAGUUAUUUUACUUUGAAACAAAGAGGAACUUGGAACUUUGAUUUGCUUUCGGUCCAAGGGCAGGCUGCCAGGCUCCAUGCAGCUGGUCCUUUGUCAUCCUUUGCUUGGCUAGGCAGCAUAUAUUGUGCCGCUGGACAUUUCAAGGACAAUAAUGGCGUAUUUGUGGACUCCACCAUUUUCCUCAUGCUGAUCCAAGUCAAAGCUGCCAAACAAUCUGGUUGCUUUUUAUUUGAUUG